AUGGCUAGCAAACCCGAUCUGGAGGCUCUCUUUAAGAGUGAAGCCUAUGCUAGCUCCUUCAAGCGCGGAGAGAUGGUCACUCGCCCAUUCGCCGAAAUGCUAGUUGACCAGAGCAAGGUGGCCGCCGAGUCCAAGGCCAACCCCGAGGAGCCUCUAGUGGUCCUUGACAAUGCCUGCGGAACUGGUGUUAUCUCUAGCUCCCUCAAUGACAAGCUUGAUGAUGGUGUCAAGAAGAUGUGGGAGCUGACCUGCGGAGACCUCUCGCCGGCAAUGAUCGAGUAUACCACACGCCGUAUACAAGAAGAGGGCUGGGAAAACGCGGAGGCAAAGAUCGUGGAUGCGCAGAAGCCUGAGUUGGCUAGCGCUCAGUUCUCUCACAUCUUCACUGCUUUCGCCUAUAUGGCACUCCCUGAGUCUGUUAAGGCUCUCGAUGAAACCGUCCGAAUGCUGCAACCCGGCGGGACUAUUGCUUUCUCAACCUGGAUCGAGCCCGGCUGGAUCGCUAUCGCCCGAGCAGCAAUCAAAAGAAUGCCAGGCAACCUGCCUUUCUUUGAGACCGAAAAGUUCAUGGCGACCGUGACUGAUGGGAAAUGGCACUCGAAGCCUUGGAUCGAGUGUCAGCUCGAGGAGCGUGGGUUUCAGGACAUCGACGUCCGCCCAAAAACGAUAAAGUUGACACUCACAUGCUCUGUCUUUGUUGAGAUGACUAUGUUGGUUCUUCCCAUGAUGAUGAAGUCCUUCUGGAAUGAGAAGCAACAGGAAGAAAACAAGGACAAGCUUCGUCCCGCUCUAGAGAAGUACUUGGAAGACACCUACGGGAAUGGGACCAUGGACACCGAUUGGGUGGCUAUUCUGUCCACUGCGCGCAAGUCUUGCUAG